GGAAGGCCAUCUCUCCCUAGAUCCUUGUUGCCUUCCUUCCCUAGUCUGAAAUUAAACAGUGGUCUUUUGAGGCCUUGUGGAAAUGACUACAGGAUUCAGGCAGCCUUGCAAUCUGACAAAAUGGCGGAGGCGGGCCUGCGGGUCAAAAGGGGAGGCCUGGCGGGCCCGGAGCGAAGGCCGGCUCUCCUUGGCCGAGCCGGGCGAUGAAAGGCGGCGCAGACGCUCAGCCACGAUGCAGACGCUGCUCCUGCUCCUCUUGCUCCUGCUGGCGGGCCUGGCACACGAAGGAGGCGCUUCCUCGGCCCUCACCCGCAGGCCCUGCGCCGCCUGGCCAGCCUACCUGCUAGGCCUCUCCCGCAGCAGCGCCCUCCCGCCCACCGGCCUCGUCCGCAGCCUCCGGCCCCACAGUGUCCAUCAGGUGGGACAAAAAUGGAGCAUUGUUUUCAACCUUUCUAUUUAUCAAGAAGAAGAGCUGCAGCUAGCUGAGUUAAGACUUCACCUGCCCAGGUCUGAGAGGAACUCUUCUUUCAACAGUACACCAGUGUCAGUGGAGCUGUAUCACCGGCAGGAAAUAAAUUGCCCAAGUGCCCAAAGCUGCAUACAUAUUAACCACUUAGGCUCCUUUGGGGUAUCCCCAUCAGCACCUUCAAACUGGAUAGUCCUGGAAGUCACAGAGCAGCUGCAGAAGUGGUUUGCCAAUAGCAGUUCAGCAAAGGAUCCUGCCAAGGAAGUUGUAAAUCAAAGACAGCAACAUAAAAAAAAUCUUCCAAAGACAGUAACCAGCAAGUGUGGAUCUGUGGAUAGAAGGGCCAUAUUGGUGCUUUUCUUAAGACUUUCCAAAGGAAAGAAAGAAUUAAGUGGCCCGACUUUACUCCAGACAGUGAAGGGUUCAAAAUUCAUUCAUCAGGAGACACCAAAAAAGACAGUAUCCCUCUGGAACAGCAAGAGGCACAGGCGCCACAAGAACCCCAAAGAUUCAUCUUCACUGAGCUCGGAAGAGCUAGAGCUCAAACAACUGUGUCGAAGGGUGGACUUCCUUAUUAACUUUGAGGCGAUAGGCUGGGAUUCCUGGAUUGUAUAUCCCAAGCAAUACAAUGCCUUCCGCUGUGAGGGAAUGUGUCCUGUCCCAUUGAGAGAAGAAUUCCAGCCAACAAACAAUGCCUAUAUGCAGAGUGUGCUGAAAUACCAUUAUCCUGAACGAGUUCCUACUGCCUGCUGCAUCCCAGUGAGACUGAGCCCGCUAAGCCUGCUCUAUUAUGAAGAAGGACGGAUUAGCUUAGGUCAUCAUGAAGAUAUGAUAGUGGAAGAGUGUGGAUGUCGCUGAGGAGACUGCAGGAAGGGGCGGGAGCCCUUCCUAAACUGAGAAGAUAAAAGAAGACUUGCCUCAUGGACAAGAAAGCUUGUGAGCUUUUGACUUGUAAUGAAGGUGUCCUUAAAAUUUGAUGCUGAGAUCAGCUGGGAAGACAGGCCCCUUUUAAAGCAAAGCCGUGGGCUGCCAAAGGUAUUAGUUUUCCAUCCACCACUGUUAAAAGUGAGAAUGAAAGUUGACUGUCUGCUGAGAAGUCGAAAAUACUAUAAAGUAGACUACAGAAAGAUCUUCAUCAUGCAGUGACGUCUCUCAUGAUCCCAAGUGAAUGCAUGGUCCUAUCCUUACACACUGAUAUCUGUCAUGAUCUGAUAAACUGUUUAACGCCAAUAAACUAUCAUUUGCUGUGCCAAUGUGGCAACAAGUGCUCUGAUCUUACACUUUGAGGUCAUGGGGAAGCUUUCAGUUGUAAGCACCUGAUGAGACAGUGUGUGCCAGACAUGAACUAAUCCUACAUGUUUACAUCUUUGUCACACAGGUAAAUAAAAGUCGUAUUUGAUAAAA